AUGGCCGCAAUGGCUUGUAUUCCAAGAAGACUUUCUCAAAUCACAUUAUUCAAUACCAAAAACCUCACCCUCUACCACAUCACUCUCGUAGUUAUUCUAUGCACUACUUUUUACCUUAUCGGAAUUUGGCAACACUCCGUCGGCACCACCUUCUCCUCCUCCUCCGCCGCCGCGGCCUUCCUAUCCUCAGUCCCUUGCUCUUCCCUUAAGACCACCCAACUCGACUUCUUGCCUCACCACCUCCCUCCUGACCCACCUUCCGAGACGACGCGUGCCGCUCAAUUCCCUCCGUGUGACCCUUCCUUCUCCGAAUACACCCCAUGUGAGGACGUUCAGAGAUCGUUGAAGUUUGACAGGGACAUGCUUAUAUACAGAGAGAGGCAUUGCCCAGAAAAGGACGAGUUGUUGAAGUGUAGGAUCCCGGCUCCGUACGGUUAUAAGGUCCCUUUCAGGUGGCCCCAAGGUAGAGAAUUUGCAUGGUUCGCUAACGUGCCGCACAAAGAAUUGACCGUUGAGAAAAAGAAUCAAAAUUGGAUUAAGGUUGAAGGAGACCGGUUCAGAUUCCCCGGAGGUGGCACUAUGUUCCCGCAUGGUGCUGAUGCUUACAUCGACGAUAUUGACAAGUUAAUCAGUCUGAGAGAUGGUUCAAUAAGGACUGCCAUUGAUACCGGUUGCGGGGUUGCGAGUUGGGGAGCUUACCUUCUAUCAAGGAACAUCCUAGCGAUGUCGUUUGCACCAAGAGACACCCACGAAGCUCAGGUUCAGUUUGCACUUGAACGUGGGGUACCGGCCAUGAUCGGAGUCAUGGCCUCUAUUAGGCUUCCUUACCCUUCAAGAGCUUUCGACAUGGCUCAUUGCUCUCGUUGCCUAAUCCCUUGGGGCCAGUACGAUGGGCUUUACUUGAUUGAAGUUGAUAGAGUUCUUCGUGCUGGGAGUUAUUGGAUACUGUCGGGGCCACCAAUAAACUGGCAAAAGCAUUGGAAAGGUUGGAAUAGGACGACUGAUGAUCUGAAAUCAGAGCAAUCCCGCAUCGAAACUGUCGCUAAAAGUCUAUGCUGGAAAAAACUAGUACAAAAAGACGAUCUUGCAAUUUGGCAAAAACCAACUAAUCAUGUCCAUUGCAAAGCUAACAGGAAGGUUUUCAAGCGGCCGCCUAUUUGCUACACUCAAAAUCCUGACAUGGCAUGGUACACGAAAUUGGAGACUUGUUUAACCCCAUUGCCUCGCGUAUCGAAUAUAAAGGAAAUUGCUGGUGGGCAAUUAGCGAAAUGGCCUGAGAGGUUGAAUGCAAUCCCUCCAAGGAUCAGUAGUGGGAGUUUACCAGGAAUUACAGAGACGGUAUUUGUGGAAAAUUCGGAGCUAUGGAAGAAGAGAGUAGAAUAUUACAAGACAAUAGAUCAUCAAUUGGCAGAGACCGGUCGGUACCGGAACUUGUUGGACAUGAAUGCUUAUUUGGGAGGCUUUGCAGCAGCCCUUGUUGAUGACCCUGUCUGGGUGAUGAACAUUGUCCCUGUCGAAGCUGAUCAAAUCAACACCCUUGGUGUCGUAUAUGAACGUGGAUUAAUCGGAGCAUAUCAAAAUUGGUGUGAAGCAAUGUCUACUUAUCCUAGGACUUAUGAUUUCAUUCAUGGUGAUGCCAUUUUCAGCCUCUACAAAGACAGAUGUGAAAUGGAGGAUAUAGUUUUGGAAAUGGAUAGGAUUUUACGACCAGAGAGCAGUGUAAUAAUCAGAGACGAUGUGGAUGUGUUGAUGAAGUUAAAGAACAUGAUGGAUGGUAUGCAAUGGGAUGGAAGAAUUGUAGACCAUGAAGAUGGACCCCAUGAAAGAACCAAGAUUCUCUUUGCUGUUAAGCAGUAUUGGGUUGCAUCACCGUUAUCACAAAAUCAAUAAGGAUUAAUAAUGUUUGCUCUGUUUUCUUGUUUCUUGUUUUUUUUUUUUUACUGAAAGAAAGAAGAUAUUAUUGAUGCAUUAAUAUUUUUUUGAAAAUAAUUUA